AGUUGCUGAUUUUGACAACCGCGAGGAAGAAGCAGAAGAAGAAAAUUCUGUAAAAAUAGUAGAAAAUUCAUGAAAAUAAAAAGUUUUCCAUUUUCUUUAAUCUUUGCUAAAAUUGACGAAAAAGUGCUGGAAAAGUUUGUCCAAAAGAAGUAAAAACUGUUCUGAAGCGUGCAGAGAUUUCAAUACCGAUGGAAAAUGGUGUAUGUUUCUGGGAAACGAUCCGAUUGAGCGUGUAGAGGAAAAGCAAGCACAAAGCACCGAACAGGGAAAAGGGUAGUUCCCUUAUCCUCCUUCCAAGUUUUGGAACUGAUCGGGGAUGAUGCUGGAAUAUUAGCGGGUUUUGCUGGAUAGUGCUUCGUUAUUGAAAUGGUUUGAUACUGUUGCUGGACUUCCUGCUGGUGCUGCUUAGCGAGAGAAUGGGGUGCAUCAAUUCGAGGAACGAUAUCAACGAUUUGGACCCGAAUAUAUUCUACGUGAUAAAUAUAGAUGACGAUGGGACCGCUCUUUGGAGUGGCCAGCUAGAGGUAUCGCGAACGGAAUUGACCUUAUACCGGAAAGGGAAAGAGCCGACGACUUGGCCCCUGAAGUGCCUGCGAAGGUAUGGAUUCAAUGUGGACCAGUUCAGUUUUGAGGCAGGGAGGAGAUGUACCACCGGAGAAGGAAUCUACGCCUUCAAGUGUACAAGGGCAGAAACGUUGUUCUAUACGGUUCAAUCCUACAUCCAGGGGCGAAUAUUCAGUGACGAAACUACCAAUCCAAACGACCCUCAUCCUAUUCCGAUGGCGUCGACUGGUCCUUCAGUAGCGGCCAGAAGCGUAUCGCAGAAUAAUACGGCGACCAGGAGUGGUCAGCAUGGUGGCUCCACUACCGGAAGUUACGUGGUAAAUCGCGCUGGAAUGGCAACUAGUCAGUCGUUAAGUCCCAACGGAACCAUACAUUCAAAUUCUAACCAAAGCAGGAGUACGGAUACGCUUCCGAUUGAGGCAAACUAUCUGGAACCGACUCCCAAUAGGCCGUGUGGACAACCGGAAACAAUUACCACCCGUUUCCAACAAGGCAUGCGACUAAGUUCUGUGAGCAGUGGCCCGGUGAGCCCGGAUAUAACUUCUCCUUCGUCUCCCAAUAGCGUGAGCAACAUUUUGGAAGUAACCACUUUGAAUCCAUUGCCAUCGAACAGUGCGGGGGUCGGUAUUCAUCAUGGCGUUAGCAAUUUAUACCAAGAAUUUCCGGUUAAAGAUUCCGGUGUGAGUAUGACUAGCUACUGUUCCGCAAAUCGUGUAUCGUUAGACGCCCCUCCCCAGGAAGUUGCGCCGCUUUCGGAUGGCGAUUCGAAUGUCUCCAUCAGUAAAGCAGACCUCAAACCGCUUCCAUUAGAGCUUCCGGUCACUACACCAGACGGCAUCGAUCCCUCGCGGACAUACAUGAACGUGAACAUCGGUUGCAUGUCGGAGAGCGUUACGAAAGCGAAAACGACGAAACCAGCCAGUAAAAGCAACUCUAGUCUAAUGUCGAUCAACAAUAAUAGCGGUUCUUUCGACGAGAACCAGUAUCAGAAUGUGAAAACACCAACCUCGGUGGGGCCAAACAUGUUUACCCAUCUGCGCAUGAACUCCAGCUAUUCCAUGGAAUCGACACGCUGCUACGCCAAUCUAGAACCGGGUGAAUUGAAAUCGGUCCUGCUCAGAGGUCGCUAUUCAAAGCCGGACAUCUUUGCCAACGUGCAGCUGCCGGAAUCUUCCGAACCGUGCACUCCAACGACAGCCAAAGCGUACGUCAACUACUGCGUCCUGGACCUAAACCAGUCCUCCAAUACCACGGCACCGGAAGUUACCUCACCAACGGGAACUACCCCGAGUGCCACCAACAACAACAAUAACCCGACCGCCCUGAAUCUGAACAAUGCGAACGAAUCGUCCCUCAUCGGUGCCGGCACGGCACUUCAGUCCCAGCAGCAGCAGAUUGGGGUGGGCAGCAGCAUCACCGGCGGCUUGCUUCCACCGGAAAGCCCCAAAAAGGCAGCCCUCGGCUAUGCAACGAUUGAUUUCGAUAAGACUUUCGCCCUGAGCAACUCGACCACACCGUCGUCCGAACUGGAUAGCGAAGGAUCGCGGAAAACGCGGCACAACUCCACCGUUACGCCGCUCAUUCGCCAAAGCAACUCGGUUAGCGACUAGGAAGCCGAACUGGUAAGCUGACGAUUUUUGUUCUUCGACUUUUAGAAUAUGUGUCCCCUCUUUGGGACGAUUAGGGACUUUGUUUUUCAAAAUGUGCAUACGAUGCUAUGACACAGUCGAAGUGUGAUAGCGUUUUUUAAUCGAUUGCAAAUGGAGAUGGGUGGAGAUGGGUUUGGUAAAAACAAAUUGGUACAAAUAUUUAUACGCCAUAUGUUGUGUAUAACAUAUGAAAGCAAUCAUCAGCGAAUAAUAAGGAUUGCUUUUAUGAAUGAUCACUUAUUUACAAAACAACGAAAAACAGGAUUCUCAGACCGCAGUUUGCCCCUGACGGUGCUGCACUGUUCGUAAUUUUCAAAUAAAAUAAGCCAUAAAAACAGGAAUUCUCACUUUCACCUAAUACUACCCAUAAAUGCAUGUCAGUCCCAUGUUUGCUGGAUUUCCUAUUCACAUGGGACAAUUAUGCGUUUAUGGGUAGUAUAGGUGAAGCGAGA